UUUUGACCCGAGGUAUUGCCGUACCGUCCAGGCGGCAAGUUGUAUCUUCCUUCUGCCCUUUGCCCGUUUCCUGGCGACUGUUCGUUCUCCCGCCGCAGUUGCUACCGCCACCAUGAACCGGGAGAGUUUCGCGGCCGGCGAGCGGCUGGUGUCGCCGGCUUACGUGCGGCAGGGCUGUGAGGCCCGCCGCUCGCAUGAGCACCUCAUACGGCUGCUUCUGGAGAAGGGCAAAUGUCCGGAGGAUGGCUGGGAUGAAAGCACCCUUGAACUCUUUCUGCAUGAACUCGCCAUCAUGGACAGCAACAAUUUCCUGGGCAACUGUGGUGUGGGAGAAAGGGAGGGCAGAGUGGCCUCGGCGUUAGUUGCUCGGCGUCAUUACAGGUUCAUUCAUGGAAUUGGACGAUCAGGUGAUAUUUCUGCUGUGCAACCAAAAGCUGCAGGUUCUAGCCUUUUGAACAAAAUUACCAAUUCUUUGGUCCUGGACAUCAUAAAGAUAGCUGGUGUCCAUACAGUGACCAGUUGCUUUGUAGUGCCUAUGGCAACUGGUAUGAGCCUAACUCUGUGUUUCUUAACAUUACGACACAAAAGACCAAAGGCAAAGUAUAUUAUUUGGCCACGAAUAGACCAGAAGUCCUGCUUUAAGUCCAUGAUCACUGCAGGUUUUGAGCCUGUGGUGAUAGAAAACAUUUUAGAAGGCGACGAGCUGCGCACAGACCUGAAAGCAGUGGAAGCUAAAGUCCAGGAACUUGGGCCUGAUAACGUGCUGUGUGUUCAUUCUACAACAUCCUGCUUUGCUCCAAGGGUGCCUGACAGGUUAGAAGAACUGGCUGUGAUUUGUGCUAAUUAUGACAUUCCACAUGUAGUCAACAAUGCUUAUGGAUUGCAGUCUUCAAAGUGUAUGCACCUCAUUCAGCAGGGGGUUCGGGUUGGUAGAAUAGAUGCUUUCGUUCAGAGCUUGGACAAAAAUUUUAUGGUUCCAGUAGGUGGCGCUAUAAUUGCUGGCUUUAAUGAUUCCUUCAUUCAGGAAAUCAGCAAGAUGUAUCCAGGAAGAGCUUCAGCUUCACCUUCUUUAGAUGUCCUUAUUACUUUGUUAUCACUUGGAUCAAAUGGCUAUAAGAAGCUAUUAAAAGAAAGAAAGGAAAUGUUUUCAUAUUUGUCCAUCCAACUAAAGAAGCUGUCAGAAGCCUAUAAUGAAAGACUGUUGCAUACACCUCAAAAUCCCAUAUCUUUAGCUGUGACACUUAAGACACUAGAUGAACACUGUGACAAAGCUGUCACUCAGCUCGGCUCCAUGCUUUUUACCAGACAGGUUUCAGGAGCCAGGGUUGUGCCUCUUGGGUCUGUGCAAACUGUGAGUGGCUACACUUUCCGAGGCUUUAUGUCACACACAGAUAAUUAUCCGUGUGCUUACCUCAAUGCUGCAUCAGCCAUUGGAAUGAAGACACAGGAUGUGGACUUGUUCAUACAGAGACUUGACAAAUGUUUAAAGACAAUAAGAAAAGAACAAAAUAGAGAGAGCGAUGUAUCUGGAAUUGACAGUUGUGACAAAACUGAAGAUGGGGAUAUUGAAGAACUCUGAACAUGGGAAGGGUUUCUUUUUGAUAAUUUGAAAGAAAUGAUGAGGCAACAGUACAAGCAAGCAGUUUAAAGACAAGACUUGAGAUAUUUGAAUUGAGAAUGUCAUGGAGCAUGUUUGGUUAGGGACUGGAAUAUGCUCUGAUUUGGCCAUUGAUAGUUGUUACACUUUUUGAUUCUUACAAUGCCUGAAUCAUUAUGAUCCUUAACAGAUUAUAAUAUACAAUUAGCAUUUUUCUAAUUGUAAGAAUAUUUGUCAAUUAAGCAUUAUGAUUCAGAUAAUUCUUACUAAUAUAAGGGCAGAAUAAUUACCACAACAUGCUUUGAAAUGUAUAGACUGCUUCUUCCUAACCAUUCUCUACCAUUCACAAAUUGCUGAUGUUUCUGAUCACGCUGAAUUUAGAAGAUCUCUAAUGCUACUAAUUACUAGCUGUUUGUUGAUACGUGUAAGUCAUGUUAUGCCUGUAAAAUGGGAAGCAGGGUCAAGGUGUGAGCUGUAAUUUUCUCUCAAUAGCAGCAGCUCUCAACGGGGGAUGAUUUGCUUAUAUCUAAGCACCAUCUGGGACAUUUCUGGUUGUUAGGACUGGUGGGAUAUUAUUGACAUUUAACAUCUUACAGUGGACAACACAACUUCCCAAAUCAAAGAAUUAUCCAGCCCCAAGUCUCAUCCUUGCUGAGGUUGAGAAACACUACCCUAAAGUAAAUGAACUCCUUAAGUAAUGAGUUUUCCAUAGCAACUUUAAUUAUUCACAGAGCUUCAAAGAAGAUAGCUCUGUAAUGUUAUCUCAGUAUAUGGUAUAGAUUGUUAAGUAAUAACCAGGGUUACCAGUUCUAAAUAUGUAAUUAUAAAUUGUUUUAUAUGGCACUUGUGCAUUUUUCCAUUUGGGCAAGUGAAAACUUUAUUCCACUUUAGAGUUUUUGCUUUAAGCAGACUUUGUGUAUUGAUUAGUUUGUUCAGGUGUUGUAUACAGCCAUCAGCAAGAGUGGUUAACCAUGGGUAUCUUUGAACAUAUUUUUCUAGGGAGGUGAAAAUAAUGUAUGAUAAACAGGUAUAUUCCCUCUCCCUGCCCACAUGCUCACUUUUUGACUCUGAAAUUCCAGAACUAUUGGCUGUAACAAUUAUUUUGUGGUUAAUUUUAAGAAAUAGACUGAUGUCUCAUAGUCUGAGGAAUUGGUGAAGCCUCCGAAUGUAUGAAACGGUGAACCUGUGUUUCUUAAGACCUGCUCCAUAAAGCAUUGUUCCUAAGAAGUGCUCAUACAGAUAAAAGAUUCUGUGGACAAAUAGUUUGGGGACUUUGCAAACCUGCCUAUUGGCGCAUUAAAGGCUCUAAGAAUUCCUUUGAAACAAGUUCAAGUGUAUCCUUAUCUGAAGACUUACAUCCAUUGAACAUACUUUUGAAAACACUACAGUAGAGAAUGCUGCCUUAAUUUCUGGGUCAUAUUUUUCUCUACUGACUUGGCAGUGUAAACUGCUAAACGUGAGCUCAGACAGAUGCCAUUCCCACUCGUAGGUAAGUUAGAAUGCUUCAGACACUGGCCUGACGACCUUGGAUGUCAAGGCUGUUCAGAUAAAGUACUUCAUUAUAAAUGCCGUGAAAGCUACUUUUAAAUGAAUCUUUGGAGUUCAAAUAUUUUAAAUACCUGUUUUCUUAAAGUAGCUUUAAUAACUCAUUUUAAAGGAGUGAGUCCUGGAUUAAAUGGUUGUGUAAUGUUUUCCAUGUGAAUUUGGGACUGAAUUGUAGAACCAAUAAAGCUGAAGAGUCUCCACAGAACCUCUAGAGUCAAUGAAAGGGGAUGAAGGGAUGCUGCCAGUGUAAACGCUGGCAGUGCAUUGCCUCUCCACGUAAGCCAGGAUUGGUUUAUGGAGCAAGUGAUCUAUACUGUGUGAUCACCGUUCAGCUCAACAAAGGCCAGAGCCGGGAGACUAGCAGCAGUGUAUCAGCAGUUCUUGGGUUUCAGCUGCUGAAUAGAUAAUAAUUCUAAUUGAAGAUAAAUUACAUGAACCCACAUGUGAAUGAUUGAUAUGUUAUAAUGUCUCAUAACUGGUGCAUAAAAUCGGCUGCAGUUUUUUUUAUUAGCAUUCUCUUUUCAGAGGUUUUGGAAUUUCAGUUCUGUUCCUGCUGGUUUAAAUUUGACCUUGAGGUUAUAGAAUUCCUAAGAGUUUUUGAAGGGAUGUUAUGGGUUCUGUAUAUUCAGGCUUUCCUUUGCCCCCACCCUAAUGUUUUUCCCUGUUCACUCCCAUUUCCACAUAUAAAUAUAAAAAAGUAUGUACAGACAAUUGUUUAUUUUAAGUUGCUAGUACUGAUUGGUAACCCUCAUAAUUGGCCUUAGUUAUCCUGGCACUGUGGCAGAGGGGCGGUGGAUGAUGCAUUUCCCAAUCAUUGACUAAGAUGGCCUCUUCCAUCUUUAUGAUCCAACUGCUCUUCCCUCAGGCUAUCAGGUAGAAUUUUGGAGUUUGGUUUUUAAAGUCAUUGGGCUGUGGUAGUCUGCCCAGAAAAGAAAAUUGAAUAACACAAAAUAUUCUUUAGGUCAUUACACAAUGUGUUCCUUAUACGCACAGCAGGGAAAGGAAUUUUAAAUCCAGCUCUCAGUUUGGCUCUUAGGUUCUCUGCUGAUGAAUUCUCACUCUGUCAGGGAAUGAUAUGUGAUACCAGCCUUAGGAACUCAGUGUUCAGCGAUAAAUCUUUCUAUUUAGCUUUUUCUAUUAGUUGAAUAAAAUUAUAGAAUGUGAAUUAUUGAAUACAGUUCUGUUCAACCAAUAGGCACUUGAUAUACAGAAACUAAAUUUUUUCAAUAUUUUGCGUCAGCACAUAACUCUGCUGUGGUUGUUUCUUUAACCACCCCAUAAUAAGAACUUUAACGAGGCCUAAGCUAUAGGAUGUGCUUUUACUUUUAUAUUAUAUGCCUAGGGUAGGUUUUAGCAAAAUUUAAAUUAAACAAAGGUAAACUGAAAAAAAAAUAAAUUAAGCAAAGGUAAUUUUUUAAACCAGUGACAUUGCUUUAAUAUUGAAUUAGUAGCUCGCCAUGAGAUUUCAAUUCUUCUGUUCUUUCAUGGAGGAGAGUAGCCAACAACUGACAAAAGCAACAAACACCGAUGAAUCUCAUUCUUGUUACACUCAGAAAAUUUUUUUGAAUAUAUGUCCACUUGGUGCAUGUAAUAGUUGGGUUUUCUUUUCCCAUUUUCUAAGAUGUACUGAUUUCUGCCAAGCCCUUAAAUGGUUUUGUUAUCUUGUGCUUUUCAUAAGGUCAACCUUAUUUUGUAAUUAAAAAAAUAAUCCAAUUUAUUUACACAGAUGUUUGAUAUCCUCUGAAUAAUUUGAUAAGAAUGAUACAAUUUGCUUUGUUAGCAGGGAAAAACAAACAAACAAAAAACCUUCUGUACACUGUUUUUUCCUUGUCUGUCACAUUGUGUUGGUGACGUGUCUUUUAUGGCCACUCAUAAUAUACAGGGCUAAGACUUACCCACUGUAUUCUUUUGUGCUUUUUUUUUUUUAACUUUCCUGUUCCUUUUAGCUAUUAUGGUAUAUACACAUAUAAGGUGAUGAGUUCAAGGCUCAUGAAUAUAUCUUUAUAAUUUUCCAACUAAUAUUCUUCAGUUCAAUGUAAGGCCUUAGGCAAAAUGGAAAUGUUUAUACUAAUUGUUUUUAUCAAGUGGUAUGAACUUGAACUUUUAGAGAAAUGUGAAGAAAAGCUAUAUUUAACUGUGUAAUUGUGGGGAUUUUAGUCAUUUGAAUUGAAGCUGACGUUCGCCUGCUAACCUAUUUGUUUUACCAAAAAAGAAAGAUAUUUCUAAAAAUAUUUUUUGGUGUAGAUUGUUUAAAAAUAAAAAUGAUAUAAUUUAUUACAUGAAAUAA